AUGGCAGAUAAUUACGAUAUGAGUAUUAGAAAUUAUCAAUGCAAAAUAUGCAAAAGGGCAUUUAAAGAUAAUUCGAAACUAAGGAGGCACCAGCUAGUUCACACUGGGGAAAGGCCAUUUCACUGCCCAUACUGUGAAAAAUCCUUUUCAGUUGACUUUAAUUUAAAGACUCAUAUAAGGGUUCACACUGGGGAGAAGCCUUACAAAUGCCCUUACCCUGGAUGCACGAAAUCAUUCACGCAGGCAGGAAACCUUAAUUCCCACAAGGCAAUUAAGCAUCGCAUGAAGAGACAUGAAAAAAUUCCAAUAAUUAUUCAUAAUGACGAAGACAUGAAGCACCAAUUAAUUUCCGGGUCUCUGUGGGAUGCAGAAAAGCUGUUUCAACGGAAUCCUUACAUCCUUUCCCAGUGCAGCUCCGAACCUUCAUAUUUUUUUAAUCCUUAUUGGAUAACAAGAUUUUAUUAUGGCCAUUAUUUUAUUCCUAAUUAUUAUUUAUAAAAUAACGAGUUAG